CCCUCUGAGAUUCCGCACUCUGACAUCAGGAACAUUUUUGAGUGAAUACAGCCAGGCCCAGGUGCUCCUGUUUAUGUUUGCAUAUGCAAGGCUCUCCCAGGGAGCGCACAAAGGAGACUGGUGAUGGUGGUGACCAUUAUCUAUUAAAAAAUAUAUUUAAAUGGGUAAAAAGAAACACCUCAAAACUAAUAAUGAGAGAUCAUGAGUGGUUAUGGGAAAAAUAAAAUUAUGAGAUGUUGCUGUCCAGUGCAGAUUUGGAAAAUGGGGAGAAUUGGUAGCACUGGACCUGAAUGCCGUCCAGCAUGGCUCACAGGCGGAGUCGGGUCUUCUUAGUAAGGUCUGGGCCUGGCCCACCUCCCUCAGGGGGGCCCUUGGUCUUGUUGGGUCACCUGGGUUUCUGGCCCUGGUAGCAGAGUGGGUGGCACUUCAUGCUGUCACCUGCUCCAGGGUCACAGAGGUGUAUAGGAGAGGUCUGCUUACUGUUUACCUAUCUUUCCUUAGUGAACAGCCAGCUGACCCCCAGACUGUCAAGGCCCAGACCACCUGGACUGACUUCGUCUCAUGGAGCCUCAGGGUGAGAAGCCAGGAGAGGCCGAAGGGGUGCGCAUCACCUCCCAGAUGCUCAAGUCUUGCUCGGGCGAGUUUGCCCUGGAGUCCAUCCUGCUGCUGAAGCUACGAGGCUUGGGACUGGUGGACCUCGGCUGCCUGGGAGAGUGCCUGGGUCUCGAGUGGCUGGAUCUGUCUGGCAACGCGCUCACCCAGCUGGGCCCCCUGGCCUCCUUGCGCCAGUUGGCCGUCCUCAAUGUUGCCAACAACCGGCUGACAGGGCUGGAGCCACUGGCUGCCUGCGAGAACCUGCAGAGUCUCAAUGUUGCAGGCAACCUGCUGGCCACCCCUAGCCAGCUGCAGUGUCUGGCGGGGCUGCGGGGCCUGGAGUACCUGCGGCUCCGGGACCCUUUGGCCCGGCUCAGCAACCCUCUCUGUGCCAGUCCCUCCUACUGGACGGUGGUCCGAGAGCUGCUGCCAGGCCUGAAGGUCAUCGACAGUGAGCGUGUGACUGGGCGUGGCAGUGAAUUUUACCAGCUGUGUCGGGACCUGGACUGCUCCUUGCAGCCCAGCUCCAGCCCAGGCCCCAGCACCACUGAGGCCCAGCCCUGGGUGGAGCCAGGGUACUGGGAGUCCUGGCCGCCCCGGAGCAGUUCCAUCCUGGAGGAGGCCUGCCGGCAGUUCCAGGACACGGUGCAGGAGUGCAGAGACCUGGACCGCCAGGCCGCUGACAGCCUGGCCCAGGCCGAGCAGGUACUCAGUCCUGCGGGUACCGCCUCAUCCUUUGUCUUCUAAUUGUGCCCCAUGGCCCUGGACAGCGUGGCAUAAGGCCAUGGGGUCGGCACAGUGUGACCUAGCAGCCCACAUCUCCCCUCCCGCCUCUGCACUUGUCUUCACUGUUUCAUCACGCUGGUCACUGUCCCUGCAAACUGGGCUAUUCAUUUAUCCCUGUUCCUAAGAGCAGACCCCCUCCCUCCCACUCCUACCUCAAGAACAUUCCUGUGUUCUUCAGGGAAGCACUUCCCCAGGGCUUCAAGCAGGUGUAAGGACCCUCCGUUAGCAGCUGGCACUGUGUGUCUGUCCUGCCACCUGUGCCAUACGCCUGGGGAGGAGGGUCCAGGCCUUUGCCACUCCUGGCUGCUCCGGCCUUAGACUGGUGGAAGAAAGCUGCUACUCCCUAAGGGUAAAGGUGGCAAAGGAAGGGAUGGAGUGCCCCCCAUCCCAGUGGUCCCGGAAAUAGAUAUGAGCACAGAGCAUGGAAGCUGGCAUUUACCCCUGUCCAGAGGUGCCUACCCACCAGUCCCGUGUCUCCAGGGCGCCUUCACUGCCCAUUCUAAGCCCUAUUAAAUAUUUCUGUUUUAA